CGUGGAUCAAGCCUUUUUAACCACCCACGGGGACCCCCACGGCUUGCACACGCGCAUAUAGGUGCUCGUCGUCGAUCCCUUUCCUGUACUAGCUGUGCUCCGACGAUCCAGCCCUGACCUGCACCCAAGCCAUGGCGAGCAGCAGCAGGCUGAUGAUGAUGAGCACCAACACGAUGGCCGGGCUAACCAACGACGUCGACUUCUCCUUUGGGGCCAUGCAGGCGCAGCCCUUUGCCGGCUUCGACGCCGGCGCCAUGGCCAUGCCCAGCGUCGAGCGGCCGCCGCUGCUCCAGCACCACCACAACAGCCACCUCUACGACAUUUUUGACCUCGCCGCCGCGGGUUUCCCGUUCCAGGAGCCGGGCCUCCUCCCGCCCACGAGCCUGCCGCUACCGCCGAGCAUGGAGAUGGCAAUGCCGCCGUCGCCGCUGCAGAUGCCGCUCCCGGCGGGCGUGCUCACGGCGGCCGAGGUGUACCCCUUCGGCGGCGCGGGAGGGACGGCGGCGGCGGCGGCGUUUCUGAAGCGGGAGGACGGGCACCACCAGCUCGCGGACGCCGGCGGCGGCGGCGGCGGGACGAUCGGGCUGAACCUCGGCCGGCGGACGUACUUCUCCCCCGCCGACGUGCUCGCCGUGGACCGGCUGCUGGCGCGGUCCCGGCUCGGCGGCGGCGUGGGCCUCGGCAUCGGCGUGCUGGGCCUCAGGCUCGGCGCCGCGCACCACCACCACCACCAGCAGCCGCCGCGGUGCCAGGGCGAGGGCUGCAAGGCCGACCUCUCCGCCGCCAAGCACUACCACCGCCGCCACAAGGUCUGCGAGUACCACGCCAAGGCUGCCACCGUCGCCGCCGCCGGCAAGCAGCAGCGCUUCUGCCAGCAGUGCAGCAGGUUUCAUGUGCUCGCCGAGUUUGACGAUGCCAAGAGGAGCUGCCGGAAGCGGCUCACCGAGCACAACCGCCGCCGCCGGAAGCCGGCCGGGGCACAGGGCAAGGACUCGCCGCCGCCGCCGCCGAAGAGAGCCGCGGACACUUGCAUCAUCUCCACCUCCUACAGCAGUGAUCAUCACAAGAGUGCGAGCGCCACGGCGGAGGUCAAGUCGACGGCCCUCUCGCCGACGAACGGCAGCGGCGGCGUUAGCUGCCUCGACGCCGUGGACAAUGGCCACACAAGCAGCGCCGCGGCGCCGACCGCCCUGUCUCUGGCGGCGCUCCCGCCGCUGCACGACGAGGAGAAGGACGGCGGCAGCGGCCUGGACUCCAUGCUGAUGCGGCAGGUGCAAGUCCGCGACGACCACGACGACGACGACCAUCGCCGCUUCAUGACCUCGCUCGCGAUGCAGCAGCAGGAGCACCAGCACGACGGCGGCAGCGGCGGCCAUGGCGGCCACGACGGCGUUGGCGGCGGAGGCAACAUCUUGUCGUGCCCGCCGGUGUCAGAUCACCGGAACGGCGGCUGCAACGGUUUCUUUGAGAUGGACUUCAUCUAGUGCGAUGCACGCGUUCACGUACUACGUGAAAAGGAGGAGGAAAAGCCUAUAGCAUCGCUGCAUUAUUAUGAAAGAUGCGUGAGCGUGACGUGAGAGAAAGGAACAACACAGGUUGGCGUGGCACCACAGCAGCUAGCCUUUUCUUUUUACUGCGUUAGUGUACUUUAUUAGCUGUAACCGUAGUGCUGAUGGACUUUUAAUUUACUAGAUGGGAAAUUUAGGUGCAGGUGUAUUAUUUUUAUUUUAUUUUCAUUCCUUUUGGUAAAUGUACAUUAUGUGUAUGUGUGUUAAUUUACUAGUCAAUUUGGAGUGUAGUAUGGUGCAUGAUCGACUA